GCAAUUGAAUUGAAUUAAAAAUACUCAAAUCAGGAAGAUAAUUAGAUUCGCUUGUUUGACCUUGAUGAUAUGCGUGAACAUGGUUGUAAACAUUUCAUCAACCAGUUGAUUUCUCAGUGAGGUGUUGUUGGUGCAAGAUACAAGUUCAGCUAGGUGAUUUUAUGAAAGAUGUUUGCCGCUCUCAUCCUGAUAUCAAUUGUGAUAAUAUUGUUAUAUUUGGUGGUUAUCAAGCCGUUCAAGUACUGGGAGGAAAGAGAUGUGAAAACUGGACGAGUGAUACCUGUGUUUGGGGACAAUUACAGGGUGGCCUUUGGUCUCGAGAGCUUCGUAGAACAAACUCAAAGAAUGUAUGACGCGUUUCCCAAUGACAGAUAUUAUGGGUUGUAUCAAUUCUUCAACCCUGCACUGGUUAUUCGUACUCCAGAUAUAAUAAAAAAAUGUUGUGUGAAGGAUUUCGACCAUUUUCUCAAUCGUCGAAACUUUGCAGCCGAAGGAGCUGAUGUACUGUUCUCGAAGAAUCUGCUAAAUCUGAAAGGACAAUCCUGGAAAAAUAUGAGAUCUACCCUUAGUCCUACCUUCACGGGUAGCAAGAUGAAGGCAAUGUUCGAAUUGGUUUGUCAAAAUGCAAAACUAUUCACCGAUUAUUUCUUGGAAAAGAAGGAGGAUAUAACGGAGAUCGAAUUGAAAGAUUCUGUUCAAAGGUUCACGAGCGAUGUUAUUGCGAACGCUGCCUUUGGAAUACAGGUAGACUCGCUGAAAGAUAGAAAAAACACUUUCUUCAUGAUGGGUAGAGAUGGCUUGAAUUUCAACAACAUCCGAAUCAAAAUUGCAUUCAUUCUAUAUCAGCUAUCUCCAAAACUUGCUUCUAUUUUGGGAAUACCAAUUAUUGCGACAAAAGUUCAAGAUUUCUUCAUCAGUUUAGUGAAAGACACAUUAAAAAUGAGAGAAGAACAAAACAUCAAACGUCCCGAUGUCUUGGGACUGCUUCUAGAUGCUAGAAAAGGGAAAUUGGAUUUGAAAGAAAAAGAUGAAGAUGGUGGUUUCGCCGUCGUUAAAGAACAUUUAGAAGUGAAGAGUAUUAAUAGCAAUUUAUCUGAUUUAGACAUUGCUGCCCAAGCUUUCUUAUUCUUCCUUGCCGGUUUUGAAGCAGUUGCCACACUCAUAUGUCUGACUGUUCAUGAACUGGCAGUAAAUCCAGAUAUACAGAAAAAACUUAUUGAUGAAAUUGAUGAAAAUUGGCCAGAAGAUGACAAACCAUCUUACAACAAAGUGAUGAACAUGACUUAUUUGGACAUGGUUGUUUCUGAGGCUUUGAGGAAAUGGCCUAACGCCAUCCUAACUGACAGAACGGUCACUAAGGAAUACACCAUCCAACCGGAACUUCCCGGAGAAAAACCUUUGAAACUUAAAGAGGGCUCUAUAGUGCUGAUCCCCAUCAUGGGAUUUCACCACGAUCCUAAAUACUUCCCAAACCCUGAAAAAUUCGACCCAGAACGAUUUUCUGCAGAGAACAAAAAUAAUAUCGAUCCUUAUACAUACAUGCCAUUUGGAAUUGGUCCAAGGAAUUGCAUUGGUUCAAGAUUUGCCCUCAUGGAAGUUAAGGCACUGAUUUUUUACAUUUUCCGUCAUUUUGAAGUAGUGCCAAUUGAAAAAACUGAAAUACCACCCAAAUUCAACAAGAACGCUUUCGGUUUUAUACCUGAAAACGGAUUUCACCUUGGAUUGAAAAAAAGGAGUUAUCAGUUGGCUCAUUUACCAGCACAAGUGCAGUUUGCGUGGAAUACCUAUUAUAUGAUCUGGAUAAUUCCAAAAAAGAUGUUCGUGGUCUUCUUUCUCUCAUUAGUACUGAUGAUGUUAGUAUAUUUUGUGGUUAUCAAACCAUUCCAAUACUGGAAAAAGAAAAAUGUGAAAACAGGUGUAGUUAUUCCUCUGUUUGGUGACAACUUCAGAGUCGUCUUUGGUCUUGAAGGCAUUAUAGACCAAGCUAGAAGAAUAUACAAUUCGUUUCCCAAUGAAAGAUAUUAUGGAUUGUAUCAAUUUUCAAGGCCUGUAUUGGUUAUCAGGAAUCCAGACCUCAUCAAGAAAUUUUGCGUUAAGGAUUUCGAUUAUUUUUUCAAUCGUCGAGACUUCGCAACAGAGGAAGCUGAUAUAUUAUUCUCCAAGUACGUGCUGAGCCUAAAAGGGCAAAUAUGGAGAGAUAUGAGAUCCACCCUCAGUCCAACAUUCACAAGCAGUAAAAUGAAGGCAAUGUUCAUGCUAAUUUGUUACAAUGCGAAACUAUUCACUGAUUACUUUUUGGAAAGGGAAGAGGAUAUUAUCGAAGUUGAACUUAAAGGCAUUAUACAUAGGUAUACCUGUGGUGUUAUGACAAGUACUCUUCUUGGAAUCCAGAUGAACUUUAUGAAGGAUAUUAACCACUUUUUCUUCAAACUCGGCGCUGAUUUCGGUAGUCUUAGAAUGAAAAUUUCUUCGUUUUUAUAUCAAAUAUCUCCUAAAAUUGCUUCUAUUUUGAAAGUACCAAUAAUAGCGAAAUAUCCUCAGGAAAUCUUCAUAAAUUUAGUAAAAGACACCAUAAAAACCAGAGAAAAACAAAACAUCAAACUUACCGACUUCUUAGGACUACUUCUGGACGCUAGGAAAGAAAAAGUGAGAGCAAAAGAGCAACAUGGACGAAAUGACAGUGGCGCAGUUAUCAAAGAAGAAUCAGAACAGAAGAAUUCGAAUUGGCAAUUAACUGAUGUAGAUAUCACUGCCCAAGUUUUCGUAUACUUUCUUGCAGGUUUCGAAGCAGUUGCUACGCAAAUAUGUCUGACUAUUCUUGAACUGGCAAUACAUUCAGACGUGCAGAAUAGGCUGAUAGAUGAAAUUGAUAGAAAUUGGCCAGAAGACAGAGAACCUAAUUAUAAUGAAGUGAUUAAUAUGCCCUAUUUAGAUAUGGUUGUUUCUGAGUCUUUAAGGAAAUGGCCUAACGGAAUUCUCACUGACAGAAUUGUCACAAAGGAAUACACGAUCCAACCAGAACUUCCCGGAGAAAAGCCUGUAACACUCAAAGAGGGCACUGUUUUAAUGAUAUCCAUCCUGGGAUUGCAUAACGAUCCUAAAUAUUUUCCAAACCCUGAAAAAUUCGACCCGGAACGAUUUUCUCCAGAAAACAAAAGUAAUAUACAUCCUUACACAUAUAUUCCAUUCGGAAUUGGUCCGAGGAACUGCAUUGGUUCAAGAUUCGCCCUGUUGGAAAUUAAAGCUUUGCUUUUUUAUCUUUUCCGUCAUUUUGAAGUGGUACCGAUUGAGACAACUGAUAUACCCCCGAAAUUCAACAAAAAUGCCGCUGGUUUCAUUCCUAUAAAUGGCUUUCAUGUUGGUUUUAAAAGAAGAAGAUUAAAUUAAAAGGUUUUUCCGAU